AGCAAGUGAGGAGGUGGAGUCUGGUGUUCAGAGGGUGGAAAUUGGAAAACCCAGCAGAAGAGGAGGAAAAAAGAGAAAAAAACACCAGACACAACAAUAUCGGGGGAGGACUGUGGAUUAACUGCGCCAACUGAGGCAAUCAAAAUAAAAAAUAAAAGAGCCGCUGUGAAUAAGAGAGGAUAGCAAGAUGAUAACGCCCUAUUUCCUGGAAAAUUUCUGGGGCGAAAAAAACAAUGGAUUUGAUGUACUGUACCAUAACAUGAAACAUGGCCAGAUAUCCAGCAAGGAGCUAGCAGACUUCAUCAGAGAAAGAGCCACCAUAGAGGAGGCAUAUUCAAGAUCAAUGACCAAACUAGCCAAGACUGCCAGCAACUUUUCUCAGCUAGGGACGUUUGCACCAAUGUGGGAUGUGUUUAAACAGUCCACGGAGAAACUGGCAGCGUGUCACAUGGAGCUGGUCCGCAAGCUGCAAGAGCUCAUCAAGGAAGUCCAGAAAUAUGUGGAGGAACAAGCCAAAAAUCAUAAGAAGACAAAGGAGGAGGUUGCAUCCACACUGGAGGCUGUACAGAAUAUCCAGAGUGUGUCACAGGCCUUACAGAAAAGCAAAGAGAACUACACCAACAAGUCCCUAGAGCAAGAGCGCAUGCGUAAAGAAGGAGCCGCCCAAAGAGACCUGGACAAGGCUGGAUUGAAGGUCAAAAAAGCCACUGAGACCUACAAAUCAUAUGUGGAGAAAUAUGCCACUGCGAAGACAGAAUUUGAGCAAAGGAUGACCGAAACUGCACAGAAAUUCCAGGGCGUCGAAGAGGAACAUAUCCUGCGUAUGCAGGAGAUUAUCCAUUCAUACUCUCAGUCUGUUGAAGAGACACACAUACAGAUCGGAGAGGUGCAAAAUGAGUUUGUGAACAACAUGGAGAACACUUCCGUUGAGAGCCUCAUACAGAAACUGGCAGAAAGCAAAGGGACAGGCAAAGAGAGACCAGGGCCCAUCGAAUUUGAGGAAUGUAAUAUCUCAGUUGCCACGGAAGGUGCCAAACCCAGAAAAAGGAAGACCUUUGUCAUUCCAGGCCGACGAAGAGACAAAGACACAGAUUCCACUGAAUCGGCUGAAGUAGAAGCUGUUAACGCCUCCAAUGGAGCUCCCCCAGGUUUCUAUGGGGCUAUAGAUCUUCAUAACGCAAAUGUGCCUCAGUUGGAUGAAGAGGGCUUCUGUAUCCGGCCUGAAGUCAAUGAGAAUGAUGCCAAAGAGAACACCUUUUAUUCAUCCAGCGACUCAGAGGAUGAAGAUGAGCCAAGAAAGUUCCACGUUAAGAUCAAACCUGUGCAGACCAACAAUGGCACACACCAGCACAAAGCCACCAUCGACGAGCUGAAGGCCUCUAUUGGGAACAUCACCCUCUCGCCCACUGCUGUUCAUAUGAAGAGGAACCAAUCCAGAAUGACACGACAACACACAUACCCUUCUAUAAACCCAAAGACAGGUGAUGAGCUGGGACGACCCAAGAUAUCACAUCCAUCAUUUAACGAUAAAUUAGACCUGCUGUCUUUGGAUCCAUUUGGCCCAACUAGCACUGGCUCCGCCUCCUCUGUACCCCCCUCAUCAGUACUACCCACAAACAGGCCAACCACACCCCUGGGCACAACAGCCAUAGUGCCGCCUCCAAGACCAUUAUCACGUCCCAAACUGCCUGCAGUAAAGCUGAUGGGCAUCAAUGAGUCUGGCCGGCCAUUCAGCCCUCCUAAGGUGCCUAACUCCAGCCCUCCUCCUGCUGCCCCACUGGCUCGAGCCGAGAGCUCCUCCUCUCUCAGCUCCAACACCUCGUUGAGUGCCAGCAACACACCUACUGUCGAGGACGAUAUGUUCGUGGGGAAACUGCCCACAUUUGAGAAGAGAUGUGAGACUCCGGCAGGGACAUCUCGUGGGCCCAGUCCAGUGACACUGGCUUCCCAGGAUGCGUUGCCCAUAGCUGUGGCAUUCACAGAGUCAGUUAAUGCCUAUUUCAAAGGAGCGGAUCCCAGCAAGUGCAUUGUGAAGAUCACAGGAGACAUGACCCUCUCCUUCCCCAGUGGCAUCAUCAAGAUUUUCACCUCAAGUCCAUCUCCUGCCGUUCUCAGCUUCAAACUCUCAAAUACUAGCAGACUCGAACAAAUCAUGCCCAAUCAGCAACUACUGCACAGUGACUCCUCCCAGAGCGACACAAACACUAAGGACUUUUGGCUGAACAUGCCUGCAUUGACGGCGUACCUCAGGAAGAGCUCUGAGCAGAAUCCUGCUGCAUCCUACUACAAUGUGGAUGUUCUCAAGUACCAGGUAUGUUCAAAUGGAAUUCAGUCGACACCCCUGAACCUCGUAGUGUAUUGGAAAUGCAGCCCUAGUACCACAGACCUGCGGGUGGACUACCGAUACAACCCAGAAGCCAUGCAGCCCCCUGCAGCACUUACCAACAUUCAGGUGUUAGUGCCCGUCAACGGCGGAGUUACCAACAUGCAGUCGCUCCCCAACGCCAUCUGGAAUGCGGAACAGAAUAAAUCAUUAUGGAAACUGACUGACAUCUCUGACAAGUCUGAAAAUGAAGGCUCUGGUUCUUUAAGGGCAAAGUUUGAGCUGACCGAAGGUCCAUCCAUCCCUGCCACCCUGGCUGUUCAGUUCUUCAGCGAGGGUAGCACUCUGUCAGGUGUAGACAUGGAACUUGUAGGCUCUGGUUACCGACUCUCCCUCAAUAAGAAGAGAUUUGCCACUGGCCGCUAUAUGGCAGACUGUUGAGACCUGAGAAGAGGCCCAUCCACUCUCAAAUGCAGGGAAUUUGGAGGUCCAUUUCUGUUCAUUGAUUUAUUCUCUUGCUGUUUCUGAAUUAUAUUUAUGGGGGAUCUUUAGAGGGAAUGGAAAAAGAGGGCUGUCUGGGUGAAGGCCUCUCAUGCAUCGGUUUCCUCUCCAUGUCCUGAAUGAUGCAGUUCCAAUGAAGCACCUUUCUGGAGACGAGAGAUUUUUAUACUACAGUAACAUAGCACUGAGUAUCAAACACUGUGUAAAAAUAAAAUAGAAAAGUAAAAAGAAGGAAUGUCAGGAUAUUGGUGAAUUAAAUCAUUAAUCUUUGAUACUUUUUGAUCUAUUCAGACUUUUAUAAAGUCAGAACGGUAGUGUUUGUCUUUUGAAAUGUGUAGUUAACAAUUUGUAAUAUGAAUUAUAUAUGUACUGUAUAAACAUACAGCAUAUCUAAGUAAAAAAGAAAAAGGAAAAAAAAAAAAAAAAAACAGUCUUUCUGGAUAUUUGUAAGGCAUUAACUUCUCCUUUGUAUUGACCCAAAAGUCAGUUACAAUAUAAAGAUCAAAAGGAGAAAAAAAUUGGAAAAAAGGAGAGAUAGGAUUCCAUUUUCCUUUCUACUUCUAUGUUUUGUUUUUCAUUUUGAAUGUGCAAUGAAGGUAUAAGCUUUCAAAAUUCAUGGAUUUUUUUUUUUUUUUUCAAGUUUUGUGCCAUUUUCACUUUAACAUUUUUAAGAGAGAAUCUACAAGUUAGUUUUGUUGUCUUGUGUAACAGCAAAAGGAAACUUAUACACUGACCUCAGUGCCUCUUUUGUUAGUUAAUUGUACAGAAACAUUUACAUGUUUUAGUAUGAAAGAAUCCCUCUUUUCCCCUUUUCUAUCUUUUCACGACUUUUGCUCAUACUUUAUUUUUUAAGUGCCUGUUCAGUUCUAUACUUUCUGAUGGGAUAUUGAAGGGAAAUCAAGCUAAUACUUUGGCCUUUGUCCUUCAAACUCCUUUAGAGUGCUUUACCCAAACAGUUCACUUCAAAGGACUGUGUCACGUUUAAAGACAUUAUCCAAUUGAAGUCAAUUUCAAUUUUUAGGAAAAUGCUCAGGCCUUAUAGAUGUGGAAAUCUGCAUAAAUCCUACCAAAAAUCCAGCAAAUAAUGAUCACUGUGAGAUUAUACUAAAGGCAUACACUGACCUGGUGUAAAAACUCUUGAAAUUUUGGAGGGAUCCUUGUUGAACAGACCAAAAUGUUGUGAAUAAUCAGCAUAUUCUUAAAAUGAAUUACAAGCAUGCAUGCUUUUCGGUGUAGUUUGUUACCAAUGGACUACCAAUUUUCAAUUGAGUGUAACUGUAAGGGACACUACGUGUAUGUUUUCACCAAAUGUACCAUCACAUCUGUGUUUGGGGGGGGUGUCAUGUUAAUAUUAACAAGAACAAGUUUUGCUUAAGAGUAUGGCUCAAAUUAUCCAAUUAAUGGCUUUUAGUGGAUUUGCCAAAUACAUAUUGAAAAGCACAAGAUGCAAUGAGCCAAUGGAAGUUACAGAAAACUCUUGUAACUCCUGGGAGUUUCUUAAAAUCCAUGGAUUUUAUCACUUUUAUGUCUUUAUAUACUUUUGUUUAGUUUCGUACCACUGCAGUUCAUCAACUUCUUAUUACCACCAAGGUUAUUCUGUCUCAUUAUGUGCCAGAACCUAGUGGUGAGCAUUCAAAGUGCUUUAAGGGGUCAGUAGAAGACAGUGGUUUCAUUGGGGAAACCCUGUCUUUCCCCCAUGAAAGGGCUAUUUGCCUUGUCCUCUGUGGAGGACCACUUCUCCAAGGGCUACACCAAUCCCAGAGAUAGCAGGUGCCAUUUGUACCUUAAAAUGAAAAACACUAAUAAACAUUAAAAGCUAAAAAUGAAGGAUCUUGAUGAAUCUGAAAACAAUGACAUUCUUUAGAAUAAUGUCUUUUUUUUUACCGGGAACUUUUUUUCUCUUCAACAGUAGCCUAACCGUUUUGUGAAGUAACAAAGUGCAGAUUUUAUAUUGAGAAUCUUCACCCAUUUAUGUAAAGGUUUUUUUUUUAUUUUUUUUUAUUUUUUUUUUUUUUUUUAUUAAUGUGUAUUUGGUAUGAAUUGUGGUGUAGGUAUUAAGAGUAUACAGGGGCAGAAAUCAGCUGAUGAACAUAGCAUCCAAAUAUAGUACAACAUUGGCUUCUUAUAGUGAAUUUGCAUGAACUAAUUGUGUAAAUAGCAAGCUGGUUCUUGCUGCCUUUACAGCCAUCACAUGAAAGUCAUGUUGGAGCAUUAAAAAAACAGGUCUAUUAAUUUCUUUCUUUUUUUAAUGUCCACAUUCAAUGGCACAUUAAAAGAUUUGUGUAAGUGAUUUUUUUUUUUUUUUUUUUUUUACUCACAAUGUACAUUUUUUACAAAUAUUUCUGCCAUUUUCUCUGCUUUAUGAUGCUCUGUGUCUGUAAUAAAUGUGUAAUAUAUAAAUCUAUACAAAUAUAAGAAAUACUACAGAA